GUCGCCAGCUGAUCAUUCUGGGUGGAGCAUCGGUGGCGUACACGUCGAUCUGCGCUCUCAGCUGCCUACACCAGGACCAACACUUCCCUUCCUCUCUGCUUGUCCAUUCCCUCGUCCUGUACCAACCACGUGAUCGAGCCGCUAAACACCGAGCACUUCAAGCCACUAGGACCAAGUAGAGGCUAGCCGUGGUUCCUACUAGUCAGGAGCUCGGAAGGAUUCUUAGGACACACCGUCACGCCCCGCACCGCACUCCGCCCCGCCCGUCAAGAUGAGGGAAUGUAUCAGCGUGCACAUCGGCCAGGCAGGCGUCCAGAUGGGCAACGCCUGCUGGGAACUCUACUGCCUUGAGCACGGCAUCCAGCCUGACGGACACCUCGCCGAGGACGCCCCCCAGGAGGAGAACAUGUACACCACCUUCUUCCAAGAGACCGGCAGGGGGAAGUACGUGCCCCGGGCCAUCUACGUCGACCUGGAGCCCACGGUGGUCGACGUGGUGCGCACUGGUCCCUACCGCCAGCUGUUCCACCCCGAGCAGCUGAUCAACGGGAAGGAGGACGCCGCCAACAACUACGCGCGCGGCCACUACACCAUCGGCAAGGAGCAAGUGGACCUGGUGCUGGACAAGAUGCGCAAGAUGGCCGACGCUUGCUCAGGACUGCAGGGCUUCCUCGUGUUCCACUCCUUCGGCGGCGGCACCGGGUCGGGCUUCACCUCCCUGCUGAUGGAACGCCUCUCCGUGGACUACGGCAAGAAGAGCAAGCUGCAGUUCACCGUGUACCCCGCCCCUCAGAUCUGCACGGCUGUGGUGGAGCCCUACAACUCCAUCCUGACCACGCACACCACGCUCGAGCACUCCGACUGCGCCUUCAUGGUCGACAACGAGGCCAUCUACGACAUCUGCCGCCGGAACUUGGGCAUCGAGCGGCCCUCCUACGAAAACCUGAACCGAAUGAUUGGCCAGAUCGUCUCCUCCAUUACCGCCUCCCUCAGGUUCGACGGCGCCCUCAACGUGGACCUGACGGAGUUCCAGACCAACCUGGUGCCCUACCCGCGCAUACACUUCCCCCUCGUCACCUACGCCCCGGUGCUCAGCGUCGAGAAGGCUUACCACGAGCAGCUGUCGGUGGCUGAGAUCACCAACGCCUGCUUCGAGCCUAACAACCAGAUGGUGAAGUGCGACCCGCGGCGAGGGAAGUACAUGGCCUGCUGCCUCCUGUACCGCGGCGACGUGGUGCCCAAGGACGUCAACUCUGCCAUCGCGGCCAUCAAGACCAAGAGGCAGAUCCAGUUCGUUGAUUGGUGCCCCACUGGCUUCAAGGUCGGCAUCAACUACCAGGCUCCGACGGUGAUCCCCAAUGGAGACAUGGCGCCGACACAGCGGGCCGUCUGCAUGAUCUCCAACACCACCGCCAUCGUCGAGGCCUGGGCCAGACUCAACCACAAGUUCGAUCUCAUGUACUCCAAGCGCGCCUUCGUCCACUGGUAUGUGGGCGAGGGCAUGGAGGAGGGAGAGUUCGCCGAGGCUCGCGAGGACCUGGCAGCCCUCGAGCACGACUACGAGGAGGUGGCCCUCGACUCCAACCAGGAGGAGGAAGACACCGAGUACUAGAGGCUCCGAACGACUAGAAUCUUUGCACACCACGGACACGACUCAAGAUCUUCGAUACUGAUUAUUAAAAAAGUUAAGGACGAUAGUUAUUAACGUACUGGAUGUAGUUUGUAUGUAUCCUAAUCAGAGCAUAUGGAGCACAAGGACUCACAGGAAGGUUGACGUAAUGAUAAAAUAUAAUUAGUUAUAAAUAAAUGUCAAAAAUCACACACAGGCUUUCCAAAGAGGUUCAUAGGGACCAUAAAAAAAACAGCGACUACAGUAGGCUGGGUUCACUAGUUUGUAUGAUGUAUGCUUAGGUUUAGCCAAAGGAAUAAUUAUAAUGUACUGUCCCAAAAAUACCAAAGAUAUUUCUCGUAAUGUUCUGGGUGAAUAGUGAACGGUGGCUUUGUAUCGGAUGUCCAGACGAGACUGACGAGCGUAUGUGAACAACGUACGGCGAUUUCUUUUCAUGACAGAGCGGUGUGGUGUUUAGCCUGAGAGGUGUUAUGAGAGGAGAAAGAAGGACUGACCGUGCAUUUAUACUGGCCUCCUUAAGAGUUAGGGAUAUGCCACAAGACGUAUACUGAUCAACAUUAUUUUCAUUGGUGUGCGGCAUGACCAUCGUGAUAGCUUUUUCAUUGGGGCAGACCGGCAGAACAACGCAAUGCUCCCUCUGCGAUACUUAUUACAGUCUAGCUAAUGAAAGAUUGAUGGCGUGUAUGGACAAGUAUGGAAGCUCACCACCAAUAUAGUUUGUAAGUUCUUUAGGUAAUCAUAUCAAGGUUGAUGACUGCCCUUAACCACUGAUAAAAGGUCAUAUCAUUAGUAAGGCAAUUUUUUGACAUGACAUAGUUGAUGAAGGCCCUCAACUCUCCCAAUGAAGUCAUGUCACUAGUUAGACAAUUGCUGGACAUGACAAAAGCCCUUGACUCUACCAAAAAAGAAGUCAUGUCAUUAGUUAGGCAAUUGUUAAACAUGACAUAGCUGAUGAAAGACGUUAAACACCGAUAAGAAGUCAUGUCAUUAGUUAGGCAAUUGUUAAACAUGACAUAGCUGAUGAAAGACGUUAAACACCGAUAAGAAGUCAUGUCAUUAGUUAGGCAAUUAUUAAACAUGAUAACAGAUGAAUGCCCUUGACUCUGCCGAUAAAACUUAAUAGUCAUGUCAUUAGUUACACAAUUAUUGCUAAACAUGACAAGGUUGAUAAAUGCCCUUGACUCUUCGGAAAAAAAGUCAUAUAUCAUAAGUUAGGCAAUCGUUAAGAAAUGGCAAUGACUAACAACGUAACGGGUGACGGGUGAGCAGUAACCACCUGUGUGACCACCCCCCCACCACCACCACGCUCUCUACCCUGGUCUGGAAGGUGUGUGAAUGCCAAGGCUACAGAGCGGCACCGCGGUAUGAAUGAAUGCGCACAGAGUUUUAUUACUAUUACUACAUGUAUAAGCUUUAUCCUAUGCCAGCCGAAUAUAAGUUUAGCUUCAGAGUGGGGAAUAAUUCUUCAACAUGUUCCUCCUUAUUGCUGCACAAGAUCCAAAGUGUCUUACGGAGUGGAUGGUUGCGGCGUUCCAUCCCGACGCCUCAACCACCGAAGUGUCUUAUCGAUAUAGGCGUGUAAGGUUCCGUAGGUUAGCGCGAGGUGUGAAUACUUUCCAACGUUUCUACCCUGGAAUAAGACGUUUUCUAUGACACGUUUGUAUAUUUAUUCAAUAAAGAAUGUGGACCAUC